AGACAUUCUUAGUGGGAAGAAUGUCUCACAAGGUCUCAGACCCUUGCCAAAUCUGGGGCCGUGUAACAGCAGCUGACCCCAAGCGUGCUACGCUUCCACAGUGAUUCUCCUUCUCUGCCACAAUGAAGGCCUGGACGAUGGUAUUCUGGGUGUGUCAGCUGGGGUUCCUGUCUCUGGUGUUGCAGGCGUGCUGUGAGCGACCUGUGACCUGCCAGUGGGCCCCCUUUGGAGACUGGUCCGAGUGUGAUGGCUGCACGAAAACCCAGGUGCGGACACGGCCGGUCCAGGUAUAUGCCCAGUUUGGGGGCAUGCCAUGCUCAGGGGAGCCCGUACAGUGGCAAAGCUGCAAUGGCAGAGGCUGCCCCCUGGAGGAGGGCUGUGGAGAGCGUUUCCGCUGCAGCUCAGGGCAAUGCAUCAGCUCUACAUUGGUCUGCAAUGGAGACCAAGACUGUGAAGAGGACGGUUCUGAUGAGCAGAACUGUGAGGAGUCCACUGCCACCAGGGUGUGUGACAUGGAGCGGGUUCCCCCCAAUGCCGAGCUCACUGGAAGAGGGUUCGAUAUCCUCACGGGUUUGCUAAGGGGCAGUGUGAUCAACACGAAGAGCUUCGGUGGUCAGUGCAGGAAGGUAUUCAGUGGCGAUCUGAGGUCCUUCUAUAGGCUGCCCAGAAGCCUUAUCAGCUAUACCUUUCAGGUCAGGACUGAUAAUGAUUUUAGUGAUGAAUUUUACAGCAGCUACUGGUCCUAUGUCAAAGACAUCAAUAAAAGAUCAGAGUUAAACCAAGGACACCAUUACGAGACAUUCCAUGAUGAAGAGCUUAAAACAAAGGCCCACAGGAUGAUGGUGAUCAAGAACCAGGUGGAAGUGGCUCAGUUCCAGAACUCUCCACCCGAGUACCUGACUCUGUCCGACGAAUUCUGGAAAGCGUUAGCGUCCCUCCCCACCACGUAUAUUUACCCUGCUUACCGCAAGCUCAUCGAUGACUACGGAACCCACUUCCUUUCCGAGGGCUCACUUGGGGGCCGGUACCAGGCCUUGCUGUACCUCGACGCAGAAACCAUAAACAAAAUGAGUUCUAGCAGCACCGAUUUCCAUGAGUGCAUAAUGAAAACACGCAGGAUUCUGUUCAUCAAAUGGAGCACGACCAAGUGCAAGUCUAUCGUAAAUGCAUUCAAGCAAGUCAAUGGAUUCGACAAAGCAGACAAGUUUACGCUAAGCCCCAUAACGGGGGGAAGCCCUGCUUUCAUUGCUGGGCUCAGUGUGCUUAAUUUGGAGGAUCCCGAGGCAAACUGGAACAUGUACACCAAAUGGGCAGGCUCCGUGAAGGACUUCCCCACGGUCAUCAACCAGAAGCUGAGGCCUCUCCAUGAGUUGGUGAAGGAGGUUCCAUGUGCUGGCAUAAAGAAGCUCCACCUGAAGAGGGCCCUGGAGGAGUAUCAGACACAGAAGGACCCAUGCCACUGUCAGCCCUGCCACAACAACGGGCAACCGCUGCUGAGAGGCACCGUCUGCAGCUGCGUCUGCAAGCCGGGCACGUCGGGCUCCGCCUGCGAGCACGGGACGUCUGUGGAGGAUGGGCCAGGUGUGAUCCAUGGAGACUGGACCUGCUGGUCUGCCUGGAGUUCCUGCUCCCAAGGUCGGAGGUCGAGAUCUCGGACAUGCAGCAAUCCACAUCCAAAUAUGGGAGGUAAGGCCUGCAAUGGCCUGCCAGUGGAGCACACGGCCUGCGAGGAUGAGGACUUUGAACACCUGCGUACAAUGGAACCUCAUUGUUUUGAUUCAUCUCUUUCACCAACCAAGUCUUGUAAGAAUCCACCUCAUUUAAGAAAUGGCUUUGUGCUGGCUCCACACAACAUCUAUCCAGUUGGAAGUAAGAUUGUGUACGCCUGCAUCGAGGGAUACCACCUUAUCGGGGAUGCAGUGGCGGAAUGCGGCGAGGACCUGAUGUGGAUCCGCUCAAAGCAGGAAUGCCAGAGCACUGUAUGUGGGCCACCACAGCUUCUGCAGAACGUGAUAGGCAGCCCCUGGAAACUGACCUAUGAGAUCGGAGAGAUGAUAACGCUGUCCUGCUCACCGGGAAAACAGCUGGAGGGCAAUUCGGAGAUCCUGUGUGAUUCCAGUCUGAACUGGUCACCACAAGAAACUGCACGGUGUAGCACAUUACCUACAGAAGCCGCACGGACAGUUGUGCAGUGUGAGCCUUGGGAGAAGCUGGCAAAGGACAAAUGUGUCUGUAAAAUGCCUUAUGAGUGCAAGUCCUCUUUGGAAGUGUGCGCGUGGAACCAGCGGGGAUCGGCGGACCGACUGACCAUUUGCAAGAUGCAGGCGCUGAAGUGUCUGGGCCGGGAGUAUGCCCUGGCCGAGGACAGCGCCUGCACGUGGCCCACCCCCAAGUCCGUAUCCUGUCCUGGCUGCCAAAUGUGGGAGAGAUGUGACGAGCGCACAAAUCUGUGCGUGUGCCGGGAACCUGGGAGCUGCGCGGAGACGGGGUCCCUCAUAUGUGCCAGGACUGGGGAGGGAGCCCCCGCCAUGACGAUGACGGAAUGCGAGGCGGGGCUGAGGAGCUGCAGGAAGGAGACGCUCAUUGUAGUGAGCCUGCAGAAAUGUGACUCUUGAGGGCUCUUCAGAAAUAAACCAGACUUAUUUCCAUAAAUGAAAAUACUUCAUUAUGUUUCAAAAUCCUCAUUUAUAAACAUGUACCUGGCUUUGUGAUAGCAUGAGCAAUUAAGUGAGAAUUUGCAUAUAAAAUAAAGUAGAAAAUUCUCCCA